UACUCGCGGAUCGUAAGUUCAGUCUGCGACUAGGCAGCGCGCCUUCUACGUCGCGUAAACGCGUUUAACUUCGGAAUUCUAUCUUAAUCCACAAUCUGUCAUUAAAUCAUAACCCUAAAACCAACCCCCCCAACCCCCCGUAACCCGUUCCGCCAGCCAGCUCACCACCCGUCGAUAAUAAUUAUAUUAGAUCUCAUAUUAUGGAAUUAAGGAGGAUUUAUCUGUAUAGAUAUAUCGAUGUCAGAUUGAAAUAUUAAAUCGUGAUUUAAUGUUAAGACACUUAAUUUUAGAUCAUUGUGAUGAUCAUCACUUACAAAGAACAAUUAAAAGCUCGUGGUGUAAGGAUAAGAGAUAGGCAGCAACAAGUAUCAACAUCAUAAAGAUUUAUCUUAAAACGUUCCCUCCUUCUUCCGAAGAUGGGGAGAUGUGAACGCAAGAAAUGUCAUCAACGUGAUCCUUUCUCAUACGUAUCGUAUACCUCUAAAAAGAGAACCUGAAGCAAGCGAAUGUGCGAAUUGGGGUUAUUUUCAUCCUACGGGACGGUAACAGGAAGACCCGUCGUCGUACCUGGACUCUUUUCCGUCGGUUGUUCUACGCUCUCACGAGGCCACUGCUACCGUCGGAAAACAUGAAGAACGAUCGUCCGACGAUGAUUCUCAGCUUUUGCGCGCUCCUUCUACUACUGAGACCUGACGUCUGUUCCUUGGAAAUACGAUCAUGCAAUCAGUCGUUAGGUAUGGAAUCCGGUGAUAUUCCAGAUUCUUCCAUCACUGCAUCAUCGUCGUACGUAACUAAUGUUGGUCCGCGUAAUGGAAGACUGCGAAAGGAAACGGCGGGUGGUGCAUGGUGUCCGAGGAGUCAGAUUGAAAGAGGAAUUCGUGAGUGGUUGCAAGUGGAUCUUCCGGGAGGUCACGUGAUCACUGGGGUGCAAACGCAAGGUCGUUUCGAUCAUGGUCGUGGCCAGGAAUACGUCGAGGAGUAUACUCUUGAGUAUCGACGACCGACAUUUACCGAGUGGCGUCGAUAUAAACGUUCAAAUAACCAAGAGGUUUUCCCUGGCAACAGCGACACGUCUACGGUGAUCUCACAUAAUCUCGUACCGCCAAUUUUUGCUAGUCAAAUUCGGAUCUUGCCACAUUCGGUUCACAGACGUACGGUUUGUCUUCGUAUCGAGUUGAGAGGUUGUCAAGAUACCAGUGGCAUCGUGAGUUACACAAUACCGGAAUCACCUAUGGAGGAACUCAGUGACACUUCGUACGAUGGUAAAAGGCAGUACAACUCGUUGCUGACCGAUGGUUUGGGCCGACUGAUAGAUGGCGAGGUCGGCGCAGAUAAUUACAGGCUGGACAUGGGAGAUGGAAGAGGAACCGGUUGGGUUGCUUGGAUGCGUGAUACCUUUCCUAACGAUUUCGUAGAAAUUAUUUUAGAAUUUGAAAAUUAUUGGAUAUUCGAAGCUGUAUACAUUUACACGAACAAUUACUUUUCUCGAGAUGUUCAGGUAUUUUCAAAAGCCGAUAUUUGGUUCAGUCAAGAUGGCGAAUAUUACGAAAACGAACCUAUCGCUUAUUCUUACAUACCAGACAUUGUAUUGGAAAAUGCACGAAAUGUGACGAUAGGACUUCGCGGUAGGCAAGGAAAAUUUCUUAAAUUUCAUCUUUAUUUCGCAGCACGUUGGAUCAUGAUAGGCGAGAUUAUGUUCGAUAAAUCAAAUCCAUACGAAAACUUAACGGAGGAUACUACAUUGGUAUUGGAAGAUGGUGAAAUCCCGGUCAGUCCAAAUGCAGAUCUCAAUCUCAAUUUGCAAACAGUAACAGCCCCAAGCGAAGGACAAGAUUAUUUAGAAGUAUUGAUUGGCGUAUUAACAGCUAUUAUACUUCUCUUAGUUAUGGUAUUCCUAGUGAUUUUAUUAUUAAAUCGACGACAAAAGCUUCAAAGUUCACCAACCGUACUUAAAAAUCCGUUUGGAUUUACGAUUAAUAUGAAGGGACUACUUUUAAAUUUAACACCUGGCGGCAUGUUAAAUGAUGGAGGUAAUCAUGCAUCGGUUGACGCACCAGAAGACGUCAGUGUUCACGAGUCAUUAACAAUGGAACAAUUCGAUUCACCGUUGGUUAGUCCGCAUUAUAAAUCCACUUAUGCUAUCGUAGCUAAUUCUGAACCAUCGAAAGAUUCGGACAAUUCAACGAUUUCGGAAGAAAACGUACGAUUGAACAAUCGAACGGAUUCGAUAUUGGAACCACCGCCGAGUCGUUCAUCUUCUCCAACCGAAUCAACUUCCCGUCACGUACAACAUUACAGAACACUGCAAAAUUACAGCAGUUCUAAUAGUAACAAAUUUAACAUAAUAACAACGACGACAACGACGACAGCAACAGCAACAACAAUUGCAACAACAACAACGGCAACAGCAACACCGACAACAAUUGCAACAACGACAGGAACAGCGACAACAACAAAUUAUCGUCGGGAUAUUGAUCGAACUCAUUCGAAACGUUGGCAUACAACACCUAAAGAAAAAUCUGUUGGGUUGCAGCAUAACAAUGCUACGUCAAUUAACAAGAUACCCGCACCCGUCGUCACUUGGAACAUAGCUCCUAGCAUGAACAAGCCAUACAAAUGCAAGGAAAUCGAACCCACCGGUAUAAACCGACUUUGCUUAAGAACCACGGAGAAACUUGGCUCGAGCAUUAUCGGAGAAGCUAUCGUUUGCGAGACCGUAGACCUGGACGAUGUUAUAACAAGUGCCCCAAGAUUGGUCGUGGCCCGUGUACCAAGUUGUAUCAACGACAUUCGAAGUGGGCACAUCAGCAUCAGCAGCAGCAGCAACAGCAGCAACAGCAACAACAACAACAACGCUGGAGGGAUCGGCAUGUCCUGUACGAACGAUCAAAUGAGAGAAGUGAGCUUUCUAUCUGGAUUGUCCGAUCCAAAUGUGGCAAGGAUCUUGGGUGUCUGUGCAGCCGAGCCAGCACCGUGGACAAUCAUCGAGUACACCGAACUCGGUGAUCUUGCCCAUUAUCUUCAGUACAGCGUACCGCUUACAGGAACUUUAAGACCGACCUGCAAUCUAAAGACCCUCAGUCAAAACUGUCUACUAUACAUGGGUACGCAAAUAGCUUCGGGUAUGAGAUACCUCGAAUCAAAGAAUCUGGUACACAAGGAUCUCGCUGCCAGAAAUUGCUUGGUUGGCCGAUCCUACGCCGUGAAAGUUACCGAUAUCGCAAUGUGCAGCGAUCUUUACAAGAAGGAUUACAGCGACAUUGGUGCUGGUAGACCACCAGCACCGAUCAGAUGGUUACCAUGGGAAAGUAUACUCUUGGACAGGUAUACCUGUGCCAGUAGUACCUGGUCAUUCGCAGUCACGCUUUGGGAAGUUAUGAGUUUGGCUAGAGAAAAACCAUUCCAACAUCUUACCAAUGAACAAGUUAUUAGAAACGCCGAACAUAUGUAUUAUGGGGAAGAAUCACAAGUAUUUCUACCAAAACCAACGAUGUGUCCGGAUGACGUUUACAAAAUGAUGUGUUCAUGUUGGAGAAGAGACGAAGAAGCUAGACCAUCUUUCAAAGAUAUUUAUUCGUUCCUAAAGAACACAAUUUCGGAUUAUCGACCAGGCACAUAACAUCGAUAAACAAUGAACGAAUUGUUCCGAGUAUAUAUCGAAUGACAACGUUAUCGGAUGAUGGGGUGCUAUGAGUAAUCUGAAACGAUAUUCGCCAUACCUUUCAUUUGAGCUUCGGCACUUAUUGUUAGGUGAUAAAUCUUUAGGAAAUACUUUGAAAAAUAAAAUACACGACCGGCACAAAACAUUUUGCUCCCCCGUUUUUUAAUGUUCGAGAGUCUGAAAGGAACUUUUCAUCGACGAAAACACACACGCAAAAGAAAAUAAAAGAAAAAAAAGAAAAAAGAAAAUUAAGAAAUGCGUAUUUGCGUUAGAAUGUAAUAGAUCUAAACGCAUUAACCUUAACCUAUCUCGCUCUAGAUCCGUCAAAUGAACUUCCGUAAACGCUAACUAACGGUUUAUUUGCUGCUGAUUGGAUUGCGAACAAUUAGCUACACGUUUCGCGUUAAUACGAUAAACGUGUCAAAUGAGAGAGACUGCCAGUGUGUAUAUGUGUGUGUGUGUGGGUACAUGUGUCUGUGUGUGCGAAUGUAUGGCUGUGCGUAUAUGCGUAAUAUGUGUGUAAAUUCGAUAAACAAACAAAAAAUAUCAAGUAAAUUUAUGUAUUUUUCCUACGUGGGGGAGACAAUUGUUAGGAUCAUUAUUUUUCUUUGAAAAUCUUUUCAUCUUAGCCUGAUAAUUAAAAAUGUCAUUAUCUUUUUUUCAAAUAUGACUUAUAAAAAGAACGAGGAAGGAAAACAAAUGCGAUAAAUCCUUCCUUGAAAUUAUUUGUUUUAUUGUUGUCUUCUUCUUCUUAUUGGCAAUCAAAAUUUUUAUCAGUAUGCUUUUAAAUUCGUUGAAAAUAUUUCAAUAUUUGAUUAAUUAAUAAAUUAAUCCACCACCUUUUUUCGGAUUUCUUCGAAUUUAUUUGUUUUUUUUUAUUUACGAUCUAAAUGUAAACGUUGGUUACAAUUAAAAUCCUAACGACCGAUCAAAUUUCAAACAAUCGUAAAACGUUCCCCAGCCACCUUGGAAUUAUUUCCUUUCUACCACGAGCAUAAAUUUCAUUGUGUACAGUAUUGUGAAAUCGGUAAUGUGUAAUGAGCACGUUAUCACGAUUAUACGAUAAGUCUAUAACACUGUACAUAUUAAGAACAAAACUAAGGAAAAGAAAAAUGAAAAAUUUAAAAAUGAAAAGAAAAGAAAAGAAAAAAGAAAAAAAAGAAGAAACAAAAAAAAUAAUAAUCUAGAACAAUAUGAGCGAAUUAAACUAAUCGAAAUCGUGAAGAUUUUUACGGUGCUACUACGCUUGUUAGAGAAUCGGAUGAUCGAUUAUCUUUGGGUUUUUAUUUAAAUAAUAAUUAUUAUAAUAAUAAUAAUAAUAAUAAUAAUAAUAAUAAUAAUGAGAGCGAGAGAGAGGAAAGUGCGUACGUGAUACGAAAAUUAAAUUCGUUUAAUCAUUUAUUAUCUAAUCGAUCGAUCUCGAAUAUAUUUAAUAACACAUUGUUCGAAAC